AUGCCUAUUUUACUUUUCCUGUUAGACACGUCCGCCUCUAUGAAUCAGCGCACUUAUUUGGGUACGACGUAUCUGGACGUUGCUAAAGGCGCGGUUGAGGUCUUUAUGAAGCUGCGUGCCCGAGACCCGGCUAGUAGAGGCGACAGGUACAUGCUAGUUACAUUCGAUGAUCCACCAUACGGAGUGAAGGCAGGCUGGAAGGAGAACCAUGCCACCUUCAUGUGCGAGCUGAAGAACCUGCAGGCGUCUGGGCUGACUACGUUAGGUCACGCUCUCCGCACAGCCUUCGACCUGCUUAACCUCAACCGCCUGGUCUCAGGCAUCGACAACUACGGACAGGGCCGUAACCCCUUCUUCCUCGAGCCAUCUGUGAUCAUCACUAUCACUGAUGGGAACAAACUUACACACAGCUCUGGGGUGCCAGAUGAGCUGCACCUGCCUCUGAACUCUCCACUGGCGGGCAGUGAGCUGACCAAGGAGCCCUUUCGCUGGGACCAGCGUCUGUUCGCGUUGGUGCUGAGGCUGCCGGGAGCUGCCACACCAGACACCGAGCAGCUUGGUAGCGUCCCCACAGAUGAGUCUGCCAUCACCCAGAUGUGUGAAGUCACGGGAGGGCGAUCGUACUGUGUGCGGACACAGAGGAUGUUGAACCAGUGUCUAGAGUCUCUGGUCCAAAAGGUUCAAAGCGGUGUUGUCAUUAAUUUUGAGAAGACCGGGUUAGAUCCGCCUCUUGUUGGGGAAGACAACUCAGUGGAGUCGAGUCGUCCUGUGUCAUCCUUCAGCCCUCAGCCGUGGCACAGUUGCCACAAACUCAUCUACGUGCGACCAAACCCAAAGACAGGAGUUCCAGUUGGGCAUUGGCCCAUACCAGAGUCCUUCUGGCCGGACCAGAAUUCUCCUUCCCUGCCACCUCGCACUGCACAUCCCGUGGUGCGUUUCUCUUGUGUGGACUGUGAGCCCAUGGUGAUCGACAAGCUUCCCUUUGACAAGUAUGAACUGGAGCCGUCUCCACUCACCCAGUUCAUUUUGGAAAGAAAGUCUCCACACAUGUGCUGGCAGGUGUUUGUUAACAGCAGCGGGAAACAAAUUGACCUGGGCCAGCCCUUUGGUUAUCUUAAAGCCAGCACCACUCUCACCUGUGUCAACCUGUUUGUCAUGCCUUACAACUACCCAGUGCUUCUCCCUCUCCUCGAUGAUUUGUUCAAAGUGCACAAACUCAAACCAAACCUCAAGUGGCGACAGGCUUUUGAGAUGUACCUGAAGACAAUGCCUCCAUACUUCCUUUUGCCCUUAAAGAAGGCGUUGAGGAUGAUGGGUGCACCGAAUCUAAUUGCAGACACCAUCGACUGUGGCCUGAGUUACAGUGUUAUCUCUUACCUGAAGAAGCUCAGCCAGCAGGCAAAGAUGGAAUCCGAACGUCUCAUCGUGUCUGUGGGGAAGAGGGCUCCUCAAGAAACUGGCAUAAAGGUGAAGAACCACUCCAACACGCUCUCUCUGGCCCACCGGCGGGACUUUAAGCAGUUGCUGCAGGGGAUCACCGGGGAGGGGCCCCUUCGCCUGGGGGACAUCAACUUCAAAGAGUUCGCUGGCUUCCAGAUCGCCCUGCUCAAUAAGGAUCUAAAACCUCAAGCUUAUCGAAACGCCUACGACAUCCCACGACGGAACCUUCUGGAUCAACUCACCCGGAUGCGCUCCAAUUUGCUGCGGACGUCACAAAAACUGAUCCGAGGGCAAGAUGAAGACUAUCUGCACAGUAUCCCAGUGGCUCAGAUGGGAAACUAUCAGGAGUACCUGAAAAUGAUGCCAUCUCCUUUGAGAGAGAUUGACCCUGACCAACCUAAACGCCUGCACACAUUUGGGAAUCCUUUCAAGCAGGAUAAGAAGGGGAUGAUGAUCGAUGAGGCAGAUGAGUUUGUUGCGGGCCCUCAAAGUAAGAAACGAGGAAAUUCCAGCGAUUCCAACUCGAAUACUACUAUGAAGAGAAGGCGGAGCAUGUCCCCGUUACUGCGGCGGCCACAGACUCCACCAGCGAGCACCAACCACGUGGUGGCGGGAAAGAGUCCGAUUGCAGUUCAAGGCCAGCAGAACCUCCUCAAACCCAUCCCACAGCACAAAGGAGUGGACGACAACAACGCGGUGGUCGCUGAGAGUAACGGUGACGGGGUUUUUGAGCCUGAGUCGGGGGAGGUCUGGCCCGCUGAGACGGACCCUGUAGCAGAGAGCCCAUCUCCACUGAGCCUGGAGGAGAAGGCCGGGCCGGAAGCAGCAGAUCAGGGAGAGGACAUGGACAUGACGGAGGAGAGACUAGUGGAAGAUAGUCUAGAUGAGCAGCCGCUGGAGGAGAAACACAACUGUGACCGACUGAGUCCACAGAGCCAGCUAGACGACACGGAGGCUGAGCCGGCCGUGUUGGAGACUAUAGUCAUAGCCCCUCUGGAUGGCAGCCAGGCAGAGCUGAAGAGUCAGGUCAUCAAGGAGGUCCGCAAACCUGGGAGAAACUAUGAGGCAAUACUCUGUCUACUGCAGCAGGUGAAAGGACCAGUUGAUGUUCAAAGGUACUUCAUCCAACAUGCUAUCAAAGAAGCAAUCAGGUUCAAGAAGCGGGUGCUGAUCCAGCAGCUGGAGACGUCCCUGGCUGAGUUGGAGGAGAAGCAAGCAACAUCCUCACAGCUUCCCAACAAUCAUGACAGUUAGUGAUGAAGCCAGAUUGACUUUGUUAUUAUAUAAGGGAAUGAAGCUCCUGUUUUGUCGACCGUUGGAUUCCCCACCAUAAGAGAGACGUCCUUGUUGACUAGCGUCGAAAAGACAAAUUGAGGAACUGGAGGGGGGGGAAAGGACAAAUGCACUGAUAGCAGAUUCUCCCACUGUCCCUGUGCUGUUACAUCACAUCCUGUUAGAGGCGGAGACUAAGGGGUUAAACUGGAGGACGGAUCUACUGAGGAUGAGCAAAGAGACUUUAAGUAUAAUCCUCUUUAUAUUGACAGAUGCCUUAAACAUCCAUACGGCUUUUGUCUGUAUCGAGACACACACACACACACACACACACACACACACACUCUGUUAGAGAGAUACACGGUAAGCUGUCAAAUCCUCAGAGCAAGGGAUGGACAGCUACAUUCCUGUUAUUGUUAUUCUUUUAAAAGCGACCUUUCUUCAGCUGGUCUGAAAAGUGUUUGUAAGACUGCAACCAUUUUUAUUUUUUCUAUGAGUAAAAUAUUGUGCAUUCAUUUAAAUGUAUGGCUAACAGGAGAAAUCUGUUCCACCCAUGUCCACCUCAUAUUCUAAGUGUUAUAUCUGCCGAAAGGAUGCACUGAUGUUUUUUUUUUUUUUUUUUACCAAACUGAUACUGUUAUCCAAUAUUUGUCUCGCCAUAUCAGCUGAUACCGAUUUGCAUUAGGGAUGGGCGAUAUGGAUAACAUCUUGAAGCGUCUAUGUACUUUUAUGUGACAGUAGCAAUAUAUAUUGUGAUAUAAUGUAUUGUCAAUUUUCUGAAAACUUGAUUGACAAAGAUAGAGUAAACAGAUUUUUGAUAAAACACAUGAUUUAUGGUAUAUUUUAUCAUAUCGCCCAACCCUGAUUAGCAUUUUUCAGUCUGCAAAUCCUUCCUCCACAAACACUCCAUUGAUUCCCAGAAUUACAACUUUAUUCAGAGGAACUGAAAUGCAUCUGUCGACAGUCCGAUUUGAACAGCUGGUAAUCUGCCCUCUGCUGCUUUUUACAUAAACCCAAGUCAGCGCUCCUCCUUUGUUUUCCUUGUUUUUAUGACAGAUGUACACUACUUUUUAAUGUUCAUAAGGAAUAUAGAUUAUUUUUGUGAAUUUGUUUAUUUCAGAGUAUAAGAAAUAUUUUGAAUAAAAUGUUUAAAGCCAAUUUUGUAAACUGUCAAAUACAUAUAUAAAAU